UUCAGCGCGCUAUAAAAGAGGGGGUUGAAAUCAUUUUCUCUCGUACUCGUCACUGACUGCUAGCCGCUAACACACGGAGACAGAAAGAAAGAUGUCUUCUGGCUUCAAGGUUCCGCUGCACUUCGCUCUGCUAUGGACGGCGAUUCUCCAGGGACAAGGCAGAUACAUAGAGAACAACGACAUGAGCGAUAACCCGCUUGGGCUUCUAAAUUCGGAGAUGAAGCGAUCACUUUCUCAAGGAUACGUUUACAGUCGAAGUCUCAAAUGUGUUGACAUGUUGAGUGUAGAUGGUCAGUUCUCAUUCAGGGCAGAUAGACCACAGCUCAACUGUGCCACCUUCUUCAUUGGCAAUCCUGAUGAAGUUAUCUCCUUGGAGUACAAUAAUGUCAACAUAGAUUGUCAAGGUGGAGAUUUCCUUAAGGUCUUUGAUGGCUGGAUAAUGAAGGGAGAAAUGUUUCCGAGCAUAAUGGACCACGCUCUCCCCAUGUCAGAGCGCUAUGUUGAUUUUUGUUCUGGCAGCAACUUCAAGACAACUAUUAGGUCUUCUCAAAAUGCAGCAAUGAUCCUCUUUAGAAUUCACAGGCCUGGAAAUGGGUUUUCUUUUACGAUAAAGAAAUUAAUCAAUCCCUUCCCUUGCAAUGUCAUUUCCCAGACACCUGAUGGAAGAUUCACAAUGGUUAUUCCUCAUCAGAAGAGAAACUGCAGCUUUUCAAUCAUUUACCCAACAGUAGUCAAGAUCCUCGAAAUGACUCUCGGAGACUUUAAUGAUCUACAGACUCCUGUCAGAAGCUGUGGUGGAACAACUGAUUUUGUGCAGCUUUUGGGAGGAAAUACAUUAGACACCAGCAGGAUGUACCCAGUGGCUGAAAUUUGCUAUUCAUUCAGUGGAUCAGAGCAACAUGCAAAAUGCUGGAGGAACUCAGCAGGUCUGGCAGCACCUACAGAGAGGAAUAACCAGCCAACAUUUUGGACUGAGACUCUUCAUCAGGACUGGAAAGGAAGCGGGAAGAAACCAGAACAAGAAGUACAAAUGAAGGUCGGCUGUGACCACACCGUGGUACGUAUUGUGUCCAGCGGCCAGCAUACAAACCGCCUGACAUUUGAGUACAAGCAGCUGGGGCAGCAGGAUUUGGAGAAGCAGAGUGAAAAUGGUAUUGAGGAUUUCUGCUCACCUGCCACCAUGCAGACUCCACCUACUCUCUGAUUAAAGGAUCAAAACUGCAGCUCAUCUGUCAAAAUCACAUGAUGGGAUUUGUAGGCGACGUCUGCUCCCACUUUAAUUAAUUUAUUAUAACCUUGCCAGGUAGCUUCUACUUUAUCUUUCUGAUUAAUUGAUGGAAUUUGUGAAUUGUGAAGCAAAAGUCCAGCUGGAUCGGCAGCCACAAGUUCAAUAGGCAGAGAAAAUAGUUUGUUGCUUGCCAAGACAUUAUUUAAUUAAAAAGAAAUGCAUAUUAUUGUCAAAUUGAUUCUGUCAUGCCAGACUAUCAGCACUGUGAGGUAUUUAAACACUGUGCAAAUAAAGAUAAUGAACAGCAAUGUCUUCUUUCCCUUUU